CUGGAGCCCAUCUGUUUCUGCUCUGGUCGGGAUGCAGCUUGGAUCCUUUUGGGGCUCCAGCUGGAGCCCAUCUGUUUCUGCUCUGGUCGGGAUGCAGGUGAGGAGCUCCCCCUGGUGAACCGGAGGGAGGUGGCCGUGCGCACGGGGGGCCUGAACGACAAGGCCGCGCGCAAGACCUACACCUUCGACAUGGUGUUCGGCCCGGCGGCCAAGCAGAUCGAGGUCUACCGGAGCGUGGUCUGCCCCAUCCUGGACGAGGUCAUCAUGGGCUACAACUGCACCGUGUUCGCGUACGGCCAGACGGGGACCGGUAAGACCUUCACCAUGGAGGGCGAGAGGAGUCCGGACGAGCAGUUCACCUGGGAGGAGGACCCGCUGGCCGGCAUCAUCCCGCGGACGCUGCAUCAGAUCUUCGAGAAGCUUUCGGAGAACGGCACCGAGUUCUCCGUCAAAGUGUCGCUGCUGGAGAUCUACAACGAGGAACUGUUCGACCUGCUCAGCCCCGCCGAGGACGUCUCCGAGCGGCUGCAGCUGUUCGACGACCCGCGCAACAAGCGCGGCGUGGUGGUGAAGGGGCUGGAGGAGGUGACGGUGCACAAUAAGGACGAGGUGUACCAGAUCCUGGAGCGCGGCGCGGCUAAGCGCCGGACGGCCUCCACGCUGAUGAACGCCUACUCCAGCCGAUCGCACUCCGUGUUCUCCGUCACCAUCCACAUGAAGGAGAUCACGCUGGACGGGGAGGAGCUGGUCAAGAUCGGGAAGCUCAACCUGGUGGACCUGGCGGGCAGCGAGAACAUCGGGCGCUCGGGGGCGGUGGACAAACGCGCGCGGGAGGCCGGCAGCAUCAACCAAUCGCUGCUCACGCUGGGCCGCGUGAUCACAGCCCUGGUGGAGAAGAGGCCGCACGUGCCCUACAGGUGGGCCUAG